AUGGCCUGGGACCACCUCUCCAUCACGAAGCCUCACUUGGUGUAUAUCAUCUUGGGGGGCUUCACCUCCCUUUUCAUGUUAUGCUCGACCAUCAUCAAGGAGCGCAUGUACAUUGGCGAGGCCACUGUGGCCACCCUUUGCGGCGUCAUCUUCGGACCCCAUGCCGCCAACCUCAUUGACCCCGACUCGUGGGGCAGCGUCGACAUUAUCACCAUCGAGUUCUCCCGCCUCGUCCUAGUCGUGCAGUGUUUUGCCGUCGGCGUCGAAUUGCCCCGGUACUACAUGGAAAAGCACUGGAAGUCCGUCACCUUCCUGCUGGUGCCCGUCAUGACCUUUGGCUGGCUGGUAACAGGCCUGUUCAUUUGGUGGCUGAUCGAGCCCCUGGGUUGGCUCGAAAGUCUCGUUGUGGCCGCCUGCGUCACGGCUACCGACCCCGUCCUUGCCUCGUCCGUGGUGGGCAAGGGCAAGUUUGCCAAGCGAGUCCCGAAGCACUUGCGUGACUUGCUUUCGGCCGAGUCGGGCUGCAACGACGGCAUGGCUUUCCCCUUUAUUUACCUGGCUCUGUACCUCAUUCACGACAAACAGAGCCCGAAGGAGGUCUCAUUCCAUUGGAUCGUUUACACCAUCCUCUACGAGUGCGUGUUUGGCGCCGUGUACGGCUUCAUCAUUGGAUACCUUGCCCGCCAUGGCAUCAAAUUCGCCGAAAAGCGCGAACUCAUCGACAGGGAGAGCUUCCUGGUGUUUUACUUCGUUCUUGCCCUGUUCUGCGCUGGUUCCGGUAGUAUUCUUGGAGUUGAUGAUCUGCUCGUUGGGUUCGCUGCCGGCGUUGGUUUCUCCAACGAUGGUUGGUUCACUCAGAAGACAGAGGAGUCCCAUGUCUCCAACGUCAUCGACUUGCUCAUCAACUUGGCCUACUUUGUCUACUUUGGCACCAUCAUUCCCUGGGCCGACUUUAAUAAUGCGGUCCUCGGGCUCCAGGCGUGGCGGCUUGCCGUCCUGGCCAUAUUUGUCAUCCUAUUCCGCCGGAUUCCCGUCAUGAUGGCCCUUAAACCCUUCAUUCCGGACAUCAAAACCUGGCGCGAGGCUCUUUUCGCCGGCCACUUUGGCCCCAUCGGCGUCGGUGCCAUCUUUGUCGCCAUGCUUGCCCGCGCCGAGCUGGAACACGAAUCACCGGUUCCAAUGGAAGACGAACCUAAACCCGGUGUAGAGCACUACAAGCUCAUCACCCUUGUGUGGCCCAUUGUUGCCUUUAUUGUCGUUGCUUCCAUCAUCGUACACGGCUCUUCGAUCGCUGUCUUCACACUUGGAAAGCACAUCAACACGCUCACCAUCACCAUGUCAUACACGCAAGCCAACGAGGACGGCCCCAGCUGGAUGAACCGCCUACCCCGUAUCUCGUCGCAGUCACGAUCGCAAGCGAGGACCAUGUCUGACACGGACGGCGAUGACCUUAAGCUCCCCGAAUUCCCGCCAGGCACUUUACCUCCCGUCGGGCUUCCCGGUAACUUUUUGCGUCGCGUGAAGGAGGACGACACCAGCAGACAUGGCAGCCGGUCAGCCAGCCGGUCAUCCUCGUUGGCCACGCGCCGGCGUAAGAAGAAGUGGGAUGACGGUAUUGGCCCCGGUGGCCCCAUCAGCCAGUCAGCUAUUUUCCCGCAGCGCCGCAGCCAGGGCGGACCUCUGUCGCCCGGGUUGCACCGCGGUAGCACGGAGCAAUCUCGGACAGACGAACCACCCAUGUCGCCGACGGAAGGGACGCCCCCGGCUGCCACGCAGGAGGGAUCCGCUGAUCACUCGUCGAACGAAUCUCCCGUAAGCCCAACAGAGGAGCGCAGGCAGCCCGUUGAGAUCUACGACGAAGGCGACAACAUUAUCAUCGAAAACCGGGAGGGCGACGUAUUGGCGGUGAAACCCCAGGAUGAUGGGGAGAAUAUUGCGGAGAAGGCGAAGGACCUUGCCACGGAGCUCAAGUCAGAAUCCGGACCUACGGGAUGGACGUACGAGUCGUUGAAGAAGCGUGUCAUGAAUUGGCAUGAGGGCGAGCUUGCCAAGAGGAAAGCGAAGGGGAAGGAUUCCACUAAGGGCGAGCCCGCCCGGGCGUUCCAGUUCGGGAGCACGAUUAUUGUUGAAAACGAAGACGGAGAUGUUCUCAAGAAAUACGACUUGCCAGUGCAGAAGCAGCAGCCGGACCGGGUGAGCCAGGGGCUCAAGUACAUGGGCAUGGGUGUCUUUGCCAAAGCUAUGGAGAAGCCUGGGGUAGAGCAGCCAGCUAGCGGGGGCGAGCCUUCUGCGUCAGGGGAACCCUCGACCGCGCCGCGGCAGCGUAGGAAGAGCGUGGUGGCCGAACAGGAAGAGGAGGAUGACCGACACAUCCGCUUCACCAUUGGUGGCAUUGGUCGGCGCAUGACCAAGGAAGACUUCAUCCGCGAGAUGCAGACCCUGGACAAGCCGACCCGACGCGAAGUGGUAGAAAGGUCGGACGCACCCAGGGGUGUGAAGGCCAUUGCCAAACAAGACGCACAGCCGCAAAUCGUCGUAUCCCCGCCCCAGGCUGGGGCUGUCAGCCGCCAGGACCACGCCCCCAGUGCUACCGGAGGAUCGCCAGCACGUGCAGCGCAGUCCGGAAACAGCCGCACGUCCUCGAGGAAUACAUCCCCAGGCAAGCCAGCCUCUCCCGAAAUACCAGCUCUGAGCGAGGCUGCUGAAGCCGAGGACGAAACCGACGUUGAGCGGAGGAGACGUGCCCGUCAUCAUGGUGAUGAAGAGGACCAAGACGAGGAUGACGAACACGGUGAGACGGCAGCGGAACGGCGCCGUAGAGAGGCUGCUCUAGGCCUUGCGCCGCAUGCAGAUGAUGACGAGGACAGUGAUGAUGAUGAUACCCCGCGGGUGCCGCCGUCGAGGCGGUCGAUCCGGUUUGCUGAUGUGGUGGAGAGUGGGCGGGCGAGGGAGUAA